AUGGUGGCUGCAAAGAAGAUGAAAAAGUCUCUGGAGUUGAUCAACUUUAGGCUCCAACUUGUUAUGAAAACUGGAAAGUACAUGAAGGGGAACAAACAGACUCUGAAGAUGAUUAGACAAGGCAAAGCAAAGUUGGUUAUCCUCGACAACUGCCCAGCUUUGAGGAAAUCUGAAAUAGAAUAUUAUUCCAUGUUGGCUAAAACUAGUGACCAUCACUACAGUGGCAAUAAUAUUGCAUUGGGCACAGCAUGUGGAAAAUACUGCAAAGUAUGCACACUUGUUAUCAUUGACCCAGGUGAUUCUGAUAUUAGAAGCAUGCCAGAACAGACUGGUGAGAAGUAA